AUGAAUUUCGAUCCAAAGACUCCAAAUCCGAUUGCAUAUAAGUAUGGUCCCCGAUCUAUUGCCAUCGGUGACUUCAACAAUGAUACUUUGCCUGAUAUUGCUGCUGCCAAUUAUGACGCCGACAAUAUAACCAUAUAUUUUGGAUAUGGCAAUGGCACUGUAGCAAGUCCAGUCAAGUAUUCAACCGGUUCUGGCUCUGCUCCAUCCAUGAUCACUGUUGGUGAUCUCGACAAUGAUCGUCGACUGGAUAUUGUCAUCGCAAAUUUCGGUACAAACAGCGUCGGUAUAUUUCUUAGAUUCCAAAACGGGUCCUUUGCGAGUCAAACAGCUCUAUCAACUGCAUCAUCUCGUCCUGUAUGGAUCCAUGUAGCAGAUCUCAACAAUGACACAGCACUUGAUAUUGUCACCGCCAACUACGGCACACACAGUGUGAGCAUUUUUUAUGGAUAUGGAAAUGGACACUUUUCAAGACCAAAUACGCACUUCACAGGCUAUGAUUCUUUUCCGCUUGCGGUUGUUAGUGGAGAUUUCAACAACGAUAAACAGAUGGACCUUGCUAUUGCUCAUUAUGGUACAAACCAAGUCGGUAUACUCCUCGGAAGUAGUAACGGUACUUUCGCGAGUCAAAUCACAUUUUCCACUGGUCCUAAUUCCCAUCCAUACUCGAUUACUGUUGGUUAUUUAAAUGACGACACUAUGCUAGAUAUUGCCGUCAUCAACAAUGGAAAUAACAGUGUAGGUGUGCUUCUGGGCAACGGCAAUGGAAAUUUUAUAAGGCAGACGACAUAUUCGCUCGGCACCGCUUCUCCAUAUUCCAUUGGCAUUAGUGAUUUCAACAAGGACAACCGAAUGGAUUUAGUCGUCACAAAUAAUAGUACUGAUAAUAUAGCUGUACUUUUUGGAAACGAAAACAAUACUUUUGCGAACCCGAAAACGUAUUCAACAGGAUCUUUUUCGACAAUCGCAGUUGCCAUAGGCGAUCUCAAUAGAGACAAUCGUUCAGACAUCGUCGUCAUCAACAAUGACACGAGCAGCAUCGGUAUCCUACUUGGUUACGACGAGGUCUCUUUUGAAAAUCAAAAGAAAUAUUCAACCGGCUCUUUACCAAAAACUUUAGUCGUGGGUGAUUUUAACAACGACAUCCGAUUGGAUAUCGUCGUCCUUAAUUACUAUGACAACACUGUAAGUGUACUUCUCGGAUAUGGCGAUGGCUCGUUUGCAAAUCAAACGAUAUAUUCAACUGGCACCUAUCCAACCUCCAUAGCUGUUGGUGAUUUUAAUAACGAUACCCAAUUGGAUAUCGUCAUCACCAAUGAGCAUAGCAACACUGUAAGUGUUCUUCUCGGAUAUGGCGAUGGCUCUUUUACAAAUCAAACGACAUACUCAACUAACACUUAUCCAACCUCUGUAGCUACUGGUGACUUUAACAACGACAACCGAUUGGAUAUCGUCAUUAUCUCUCGCUCCGGUGACCAGAAUUUGUGUGUACAUCUCGGCUAUGGUAAUGGCUCUUUUCUAAGUCAAAUAACAUCUUUAAUUGAGUCUCACCCGCAAUCUAUAGCUGUUGGUGAUUUUAAUAAUGAUACCCGACUGGAUAUUGUCGUUGCUGAUCAUGAUGGUAACACUGUAAGUGUACUUCUCGGAUAUGGUAACGGGUCUUUUGCCAUUGAAAAGACAUAUUUAUCUGGUCUUGCUCCAGAUUUUGUAGCAGUUGGUGACUUUAAUAACGAUAUCCGACUGGAUAUUGUUGUCACUAAUAUAUUCGGUGGCACUGUAAGUUUACUUCUUGGAUAUGGCGAUGGCUCUUUUGCAAUUCCAACAGCAUAUCGAACUGGUUCUGGGCCAAGCUCUGUAGCUGUUGGUGAUUUUAAUAACGAUACUCAAUUGGAUAUCGUCGUGACAAAUGGGUGGGAUGACACUGUAAGUGUACUUCUCGGAUAUGGUAAUAGUUCCUUUGCAGAUCCAAUAACAUAUUCAACUGGCUCAACUCCAAUCUCUGUAGCUGUUGGUGAUUUUAACAAUGACACCCGAUUGGAUAUUGUUUUUGUUAAUGAAUAUGACAACAAUGUCAGUGUUCUGCUUCGUUAUGAUAGAGGAGCUCUGGCAAACGAAAUCACAUUUUCACCUAGCAAGGGUUCUCAUUUGCGAAGUGUUGCCGUUUUUGAUUUCAAUAAUGAUACCCUACUGGAUAUUGUUGUUGCCAAUUAUGGUACAAAUAACAUAGGUGUCAUUCUUGGACAUGGGAAUGGCACUUUUGGAAAUCAAACGAUAUUCUCGACAGGCUUCAAUUCUCAUCCUUACUCGAUUGCCAUUGGUUAUUUCAAUAAAGACCGCCAAGUAGAUAUUGCAGUGGCCAAUCAUGGUACUAAACAUGUUGAUUUAUUUCUGGGAAACGGGAACGGAGCGUUUGAAAGUCAAGUUAACUAUGACAAUGAUUAUGAAUUUGCUCCAUUGUUCAUUGCUGCUGGCGAUUUCAACAAUGACGGACGUUCGGAAAUUGUUGUAGCAUACGAUGACAUUGAUAAUAUAGAUGUACUUGUUGCAUAUGACAACCCAUCAUGGUCUCAUCAAAUGACAUACUCAACUGGCCUUCGACCAACCUCCGUAGCUGUUGGUGAUUUUAAUAAUGACACUCGACUGGAUGUUGUCGUUACUACUUGGGGUGACAACACUAUGAGUGUACUUCUCGGAUAUGAAAAUGGCUCUUUUGCGAGUCAAAUGAAAUAUGCAACUGAGUCUGGGCCAACCUCUAUAGCUAUUGGUGAUUUUAAUAGCGAUACUCGACUGGAUAUCGUCGUCACUAAUUGGGGUGACAACACUGUGAGUAUAUUUUUCGGACAUGGCAAUGGUUCUUUUGAAAAUCGAACGACAUAUUCAACGGGCAGUUAUCCACAAUCUGUGGCUGUUGGUGAUUUUAAUAACGAUAACCGAUUGGAUAUUGUCGUCGCUAAUGAUGAUAAUAAAAACACAAUAAGUGUACUUCUUGGAUAUGAUAAUGGCUCUUUUGCAAAUCAAACAACAUAUUCAGCUGAUUCUAGACCAAUGUCUGUAGCUGUUGGUGACUUGAAUAACGACACUAGUCUGGAUAUUAUCAUCGCUAAUUAUUAUGGCAACACUGUAAGUGUACUUCUCGGACAUGGUAAUGGCUCUUUUUCAAAACAAACGACAUACCCUGUUGGUUCUUUUCCAACCUCUGUAGCUGUGGGUGAUUUUAAUAAUGAUGCUCGAUUAGAUAUUGUUGUCAGUAAUAAUGGAAAUGAUACUGUAAGUUUACUUCUCGGAUAUGGCAAUGGGUCUUUUGCAAAUCAAGUGAAAUACUCGACUGGUUCUAGUCCAAACUCCUUAGCUGUUACUGACUUUAAUAAUGACGCUCACUUGGAUAUUGUCGUUGUUAAUUCUGGAGACCAUACUCUUAGUGUACUUCUCGGACAUGGCAAUGGGUCUUUUGUAAAUCAAAUGAUAUAUUUAAGUAGUUAUUAUCCGAAUCAUGUAGUUGUUGGUGAUUUUAAUAAUGAUACUCGUCUGGAUAUCGUCGUCACUGAUAAGGAAGGUAAUACUAUAAGUGUACUUCUCGGAUAUCUCAAUCAAGUGCUUGUAAAACAGACGACGCUCAUCACUGGCAAUGGAUCUCGACCAAGGUCGUUCGUUCUUGGUGAUUUUAACAAUGACGGUGAAAUGGAUAUUGCAGUCGCCAAUUCUGGCACUAGCAAAGUAGGAAUUUUUCUCGGAUAUGGCAAUUAUUCUUUCACAAAUCAAAGGACAUUUUUAACCGGCACUACUCCAGUGUCUGUUGCAGUUAGCGAUUUCAACCAGGAUAGCAUACUUGAUAUCGUCACUGCUAAUCAUGAUGAUGACAAUGUUAGUGUAUUUCUCGGAUAUGGAAAUGGUUCUUUUCUAAGUCAAAACACUUUUACGACUGGCUCUAAAUCUCAGCCUUAUGCAGUCGCCAUUGGUGAUUUUAAUAACGACAGAUCAUCAGAUAUUAUUGUCGCCAAUUUUGGUACUAAAAAGGUGGGUGUACUGCUUGGAUAUAGUAAUGGAUCAUUCGCAGAUGUGGAAUUGUUCCCGAUCGGUUAUGGAUCUCUUCCAUUCUCGGUCUCCGUUGGCGAUUUUAACAAUGACGGAAAGCUGGAUUUCGUAGUCGCUGACACAGGCACUGAUAGUUUAAAAAUUCUCUUACAAACUUGUUGA